AUGGCGAACCUCACCUUCGCGCAUUCCGAUGCGCCGCUUCGGACUAUACAGGAGAUCCAGUUUGGACUCCUGUCACCCGAGGAAAUAAAAAAUAUGAGUGUUGCUCACAUCCUCUACCCCGAGACGAUGGACGAGAGUAGGAUGAAGCCGCGCGAUGGAGGCCUGAACGACCCUCGGCUUGGCUCCAUAGACAGACAAUUCAAGUGUGCGACCUGCGACCAGAACAUGUCUGAAUGUCCGGGUCACUUUGGUCACAUCGAGCUGGCUAAGCCCGUAUUUCACCCUGGAUUCAUCAAGAAAGUCAAGAAGCUGCUGGAGAUAGUCUGUCAUAAUUGCGGCAGAGUAUUACUAGACAGAAACAACCCAUCUUACAAAGCAGCCGUCGCCCUCCGAGACCCGAAGCGCAGGUUCGAUACGAUAUGGCGGCUUUGUAAACCGAAAAUGAUGUGCGACAGUGAUGCGACCAAUGACGAGGAAGCCAACGCUGAUCCGAAAGAAGCUACGAAGCAAUCUCAUGGAGGCUGCGGCAACAUUCAGCCAGAAGUGCGCCAGAUUGCUCUUCAACUUUGGGGUACCUGGAAGGUCCCAAAAGAUGAGGACGGCGAAGGUGGCCAACCCGAAAAAAGACAAAUAACUGCACAGAUGGCACAGAUCAUUUUUAAACUCAUCUCCUCUUCCGAGCUUCGCGAUCUGGGUUUGAGCACGGAUUAUGCGCGACCGGAAUGGAUGAUUAUUACAGUUCUGCCAGUGCCGCCACCACCCGUUCGGCCCAGCGUCUCCAUGGAUGGAACUGGUCAAGGCAUGCGCGGAGAGGACGACUUGACUUACAAGCUAGGUGACAUCCUUCGAGCAAAUAGCAAUGUCAAACAGGCCCAGCAGGAAGGCUCUCCCGCUCAUAUUCUGCAAGAUUUUGAGGGUUUGCUGCAAUACCACGUUGCUACAUAUAUGGACAAUGAUAUCGCCGGUACACCACAGGCUUUGCAGAAGUCAGGCCGGCCGGUGAAAUCUAUUCGAGCACGUCUAAAGGGCAAGGAGGGUCGGCUUCGUGGAAAUUUGAUGGGCAAGCGUGUGGACUUCUCCGCGCGUACCGUCAUCACUGGCGACCCCAAUUUGUCUCUGGAUGAGGUGGGUGUGCCGAGAAGUAUUGCUAGAACUCUCACGUACCCUGAGACUGUGACGCCGUACAAUAUUGGCAAGCUCUCCCAACUGGUCAAGAACGGUCCAAACGAUCAUCCCGGCGCUAAAUAUGUCAUUCGCUCCGACGGGACUCGUAUCGAUUUGCGGCAUAGUAAGAAUACUUCUGGCGUCAAUCUAGAGUAUGGUUGGAAGGUUGAGAGACACAUUGUUGAUGGAGAUUUCAUCAUCUUCAAUCGUCAACCCUCGCUCCAUAAGGAAUCGAUGAUGGGACACCGCGUUCGAGUUAUGCCAUAUUCAACAUUCCGACUUAACCUGUCUGUCACCUCACCCUACAACGCUGAUUUCGACGGGGAUGAGAUGAAUUUGCACGUCCCGCAGACUGAGGAGACCCGCGCAGAAGUCAUGCAGCUAUGUAUGGUGCCGCUGAAUAUCGUGUCGCCACAGCGAAAUUCUCCUCUCAUGGGUAUCGUCCAGGAUACUCUUGCUGGCGUGUAUAAGAUGUGUCGCCGAGACGUCUUUCUAACCAAGGAGGAACUCAUGAAUAUACUCCUUUGGGUACCUGAAUGGGAUGGCAUCAUUCCUCAACCAGCGAUUGUAAAACCGCGACCUCGAUGGACCGGAAAGCAAAUCGUCGGCAUGUUCAUUCCCAAGAUUGUGAACCUUAAUGUGCCCAAUGACGCAAAGGAGGAUUCGCCAUUGAAGGAUGACGGCCUCUUAGUGAGUGAAGGCGAAUUGAUGUAUGGUCUUUUGGCAAAGAAAAACGUUGGCGCUACCGGCAAUGGUAUUAUUCACAUCAUAUUCAAUGAGCAGGGACCUGAUGCAGCUAUGGCUUUCUUUAAUGGCUGUCAACGAGUGGUCAACUACUGGCUUCUGCACCAUGGUUUCAGUAUUGGUAUCGGUGAUACGAUCCCAGACAAGUCGACCAUUGAGAAGAUUGAAGAAGCAAUCAUGGUGCAGAAGCGCGAAGUCGCAGAGCUCACUGCAAAAGCCACGGCCAAUGAGUUGGAGCCAUCUCCUGGCAUGAAUAUUCGUGAGACGUUUGAGAGUCAAGUCUCGAAGGCUUUGAAUACAGCUCGUGACAAGGCCGGUACAAAAACGGAACAGAGUCUGAAGGAUAUCAACAACGCCGUACAAAUGGCCAGGUCUGGCUCCAAGGGAUCUACUAUCAACAUCUCCCAGAUGACUGCCCUUGUGGGUCAACAGUCAGUCGAAGGGAAACGCAUCCCUUUCGGAUUCAAAUACCGAACUCUUCCCCAUUUCACCAAGGACGAUUACUCCCCGGAGUCGCGUGGCUUUGUUGAGAAUUCGUACCUCAGAGGCCUUACACCUACAGAGUUCUUCUUCCACGCUAUGGCUGGUCGGGAGGGUCUCAUUGAUACUGCUGUCAAGACUGCAGAAACUGGAUAUAUCCAGCGCCGCCUUGUGAAGGCCCUCGAAGAUGUCAUGUCUAAAUACGAUGGUACCGUCAGAAAUUCUCUAGGCGAUAUUGUUCAAUUCGUCUACGGUGAGGAUGGCCUUGACGCUGUCUACAUUGAGAAACAAAACGUCGACAGUAUUACCAUGUCCGACAAGUCACUUGAAAACAAGUACCGCCUUGAUGUUAUGGAUGAGCAGCAUCCAGUGCCUUUCGAUGUACUGGAGCAUGCAAACGAGCUUGCUGGCGAUCUCGCGGUACAGCGGCUACUAGAUGAGGAAUGGGACCAGCUUCGGGCUGAUCGGGCCAUGUUGCGCGAGAUCCAGUACCGUAAAAACAACACUGAUGAAUCCAUGCAACUUCCUCUGAAUGUUCCUAGAAUUAUCGAUAGCGCCAAGAGGCUCUUCAAUAUUCGCGACUCGGACCGUAGCGACUUGCAUCCAACGGAUGUUAUUCCCCAAGUCCAGCAGCUGUUGGAACGAAUGAUCAUUGUUCGCGGUGGCGAUGACUUGUCAAAGGAGGCUCAGCUCAAUGCUACGCUUCUCGUCAAAGCCCAAAUGCGAUCGAGACUUGCUUACAAGCGCGUCGCUGUGGAGAAGCGCCUCAAUAAGCUCGCAUUUGCUCAUGUACUUGGAGAGAUUGAGAGCCGAUUCUCGCGAGCUUUGGUUAACCCCGGAGAAAUGGUUGGCGUUCUUGCUGCGCAGUCUAUUGGAGAACCUGCCACUCAAAUGACGCUCAAUACUUUCCAUUUCGCUGGUGUAUCUUCGAAGAAUGUCACUCUUGGUGUACCACGUCUAAAGGAAAUUCUUAACAUUGCCGCGAAUAUCAAGACACCUUCUAUGAUGGUUUACCAGGAGGGAACGAGCAAAUCCCAGGAGUCUGCUAAAUUAUUGCGCAGUGCGGUUGAGCAUACGAACUUGCGCUCUGUCACAGCCGCCACAGAAAUCUACCAUGACCCUGAUAUUCAGUCAACCAAUAUUGCAGCCGAUCUUGAUAUGGUGGAAUCGUUCUUCAUCAUUCCGGAAGAACAUCAGGAUUCCCUUGAGAAUCAAUCACGAUGGCUGCUACGUCUAAUUCUCGAUCGCCAGAAGAUGCUCGAUAAAGGUCUAAGAGUCGAGGAUGUGGCGUCAAGGAUCAAAGAGAACUACCCCAAAGACUUAGCUGUUAUUUUUAGUGAUAAUAACGCUGAGGAACAAGUCAUUCGUAUUCGAAUGAUCAAGCAGGGUGAAUCGAAAUAUGAGGAGGAUGAUAUCGAGGAAGACAUCAUGCUCAAGCGCCUAGAAGCGCAUAUUCUCGACACGUUAACUCUCCGCGGUGUCCCGGGUAUCGAUCGAGCCUUCUUGAACACGGAGACAAGACUUGUUGAGGAUCCUAACGGAAAGCUCAUCUCAUCCAAGUCUGACGAGAGAUGCGUGGAAUGGUAUCUUGACACAAGUGGAACCGCCCUGGCACAGGUCUUGACUGUCCCAGGUGUAGACACAACUCGGACAUACACCAAUCAUUUCAUCCAGGUCUUCGAGGUCUUCGGUAUCGAGGCGGCCCGAUCUGCUUUAAUGAAGGAAUUGACUCAGGUGUUGGCUUUUGAUGGCUCUUACGUCAAUCAUCGCCAUCUUGCUUUAUUGGUCGAUGUCAUGACGUCCCGCGGUCUCUUGAUGGCGAUUACUCGUCAUGGUAUCAACAGAGCUGAUACCGGAGCCCUGAUGAGAUGUUCCUUUGAGGAAACUGUCGAGAUUUUACUGGAAGCAGCUGCUAUCGGUGAGCUUGACGACUGCCGCGGUAUCUCUGAAAACGUGAUGCUUGGUCAAUUGGCACCUAUGGGAACUGGAGAGCACGAGAUACUCCUUGAUCCUAAAAUGCUUGAAACUGUUAUUUCAGACAAUGGUAGGAUGGGUCUUAUGCCCGGUCUUCCCGUGAAAGGUGGCGAUGGAGGUGCUGCUACGCCUUAUGACACUGGGUCUCCUCUGGCUGAAGUGGGAUAUCUGGGUACCCCCGAUUACCAAUCUGGCUUUUCACCUAUACAAAGUAUUGGGUCAGAAACACCAUCUGGAUUUGCUACAGACUACGGCGGCUUCGGUAGCAGUGGUAGUGGAAUGAGCCCAUACUCGCGAAGCCCUGGUGGUUAUUCUCCUUCGAGCCCUUUCAGUACUAGCCCGGUUUCUCCAAGUUAUCCGCCGACGUCUCCUGGGUACAGUCCAACAUCACCAACUGGAAUCACGAGUCCGGGCUACUCCGCAUCGUCUCCCAGAUUCUCACCUGUCAGCCCAGCAUUUACACCAACGUCGCCUGCAUAUUCACCGACGUCCCCCAGCUUCGUGUCCCCAACAUCUCCAUCAUAUUCCCCAACAUCUCCAAACUAUUCUCCGACGUCGCCUAACUUCCACGUGUCACCUUCCUCCCCAAAUUACAGCCCGACUUCGCCAAGUUACUCUCCGACUUCGCCCAACUACAGUCCUUCAUCACCCAACUUCGCCCCAAGCAAGACGUCUCCGGGCUCAGGCUUGUCUCCGACAAGUCCAGUCUAUAGUCCGAGCAGUCCCAACUUCAGCCCAACGAGCCCCCAGUUCCAGGGCAAUGUUACAUCUCCUAAAUACUCUCCCACUUCGCCGUCAUACUCGCCGACUAGUCCUCAAUUUUCGCCAACAUCACCUCGUGGCUGA